GUUCUUCGGUCCUACUCAUCUUGUAUCGCAGUAAAGAAAGAAAAUACUGAUAUAAUUCCGAUAACUGUUUGGUUUUCCUAGUCAUUGUUGUUUUAUUCGAAUCGUAUAGGAAAUUUAUUUAUUUAUCUACCUCAUUAUUGUACCUUACGACUGAAACAAGACUGAAACCUGUAAAUUAACUUUGCCACACACAAGUAAAAUGAAUGUGUACCUAACGUCAAAUAUCAAAUCGUAAGACAAGUGUCAAAUACCAAUAACACAACAUAUUUUAGAUAUAAGUAUUUUUUACAUAAAACAUGAAUGGAAAUGUUUGUGAAAGCUAUGACCCAGAUGAAAAGUUCCGCCGUCUGAAAAUAGUAGAAUUUCCAUGUGUUUUUGUGGGUUUGCAGAGCUCUAUUAUCGUCACAUUAGAAGAUGAUCUAAAUUCAGCAGUUUAUCUGAGGACCAACAGCAAAGGUCAACUCAUGUCGUUUGAUGACGCUCAAAAAGUAUCUCCUUCGCACAGGGCAUUUGAUAUGAAAAUUAUAGAUAACUACAGGAUAAAUAUAACAUUUAAACCCACAUCAGAAUGUGUAUCAUGGGCAAAAGUACUGUGUAAGAACAAAGAAAUAAAGAACACGUUUAUUUAUGAUAUACGCAUAAUGAAAAUGGACGGCAGAUAUUGUUGCAGAAACGAAAGUCACUACGAAGUAAGCCGCUAUUAUAUUUGUGGACAGUUUGAAUACUGCAACAUCUCCCACACUCCACAAGUACUUCGAUUCGGGGAUGUACCAGUCAAAACUAGGGUAACCAAAAUUGUUGAAAUAACAAAUGAAUCAUCUGUAAACUCCUUUCAAAUGGAAUACAUAAAAUCCUUUGCUCUUGAGGCAUUACCACGGAGGUUUACUUUAGGCCCUAUAUCCACGAAGAAAAUAAGCGUUACAGUGAAACCAACAUCAUGGAACACUCCUCAGUUCGUUUGUUUUCUUAUCCGAAACAAACAUUCUAACAAGGAAGAGGAACCAUCAAAUUUCCUAACUUAUAAAAUUAAAGUGAACCUAAAGGUCAUUAUUAAAAGCACAUACAGGGACGUUUUUGUGGAAUCAUUACACAAAUUAUACGAAAAAAACCAAGAAUACACCUAUUGCGAUGAGGAAAUAUUUGAACAUGAAAAACAAAAAGCUAUUGCUAUGAAUAUGUUAGACAUCUCUAAGUCAAGAGCUCAAAGGCCUCAUAUUGAUGAAUCAAAUAUUUCUUGCGACAGUAGGAACAAAAUUAAAUGUGUUUCGUCAAUUUUAAGUGAACCGAUUGCUGUAUUUUGUGAAGAGGUUAAAGUCUUAAUUAGCAAUUAUGAUAUGAUUAAUAUAUUUAUUCUUCCUGUGAUCGUGGAUUUCGGAAUGGUGGCUAUUGAUACCAUAGGAUCAUCAGACAUGAUAAUAACAAACGACACAAAUUUCAAUAUAUCUGUUAAGUUUGUUGGGGAUUCUAUGAUAUUUUUUUCAGUUAUAGAUAUAAAAACAAAAAUAAUUGCAAUCGAACCUUUUCAAAGUAUUAAAGUAAACAUAUUUCUUUCGGGACUUGGAGAAGGCACCUAUGAAGGAAAUUUUUAUUACAGCAUAAAUGAUGUAAUUAGUCGUGCGCAUGCUUACAAGGCCAAUGUAUGCAGCCCUACGCUACUGAUUGAAGAACGUUUCUUAAAAUUCGGCAUGGUUACUAAUGAUAUGUUUGUGACAUCGGCUCAAGUUAGAUUAAAAAAUUCAUUUAACAUACCAAUAAAAUUUCGUUGGGAUUACACGACUGAUGAAGCAAUUUUUGCAGUUACACCAGAAUGUAGCUGGAUCCCAAAACAUUGUACAAGAAUAUGCGAUGUAACCUAUUUAUAUAAACUGUACAAAGCAAAAACCUAUCACAUUAAUUUAUUUAUUAUGAAUGACCCAUUAAUAUCUACUCAAAUAGAGGUAAUUUUUGUAUCAAGGAAACAUCAAGUAAAAUUUUCAGAACAGACAAUAAAUUUAAAAGAUGUACCGCUAAAUUUGAAAACAACAAAAAGAAUUACAAUGCAAAACCUUUCGAAAGAAAUUGCAUUUUUUAAUGUUGUUGACAUGCAGAUGCCUGGAUUAAAAAUAAGUCCACUAAGCGGUAUGAUGAGUCCAAAAUCAAUUGCGAAUAUGACGAUUGAAGCACGACUUUGUUGUGUAAUGAGUUUUCAAACGGAAAUACAGAUUAAAAUAAAUAAUGAAAAUACUAUAACUUUGCCUAUAAAUGGUAAUGUGGUGGAACCCAAAAUUGUCAUCCAUCCAAAGCAAAUCAUCAUGCCCAGAAUACCCAGUUACAUGAUCAACUAUACGCAAGUAACUAUUCAAAAUAUAGGCUCGAUAAGAAGCUUGAUUAAUGUAAUCAACAAUGAUACUUUUAAAGUUUUUAUUGGAAAUGAAUUCAACAAACUAAAGGAAACGUUUUUUUACAUUGAAGCUGGACAAUCUAAAACGCUUUACAUACAAAUUUAUCAUGAAUCUAGACGGCAAUAUAAUGAUUAUAUUCCAGUUCAAAUUAAUGAAUUACUCGGGCCACCAAAUAAAGACCCAAAGUCUACAGAAUUUCAGUAUUAUACUAAGCCUCACGAAACGGCAUGGGCCGUUCUACCAAAAGUAAAAGUAAAACCAAUAAAUUCAGAUAUAAGCUACUGUCGUAUAUCCGGCAUUAUAACGAUGCCGCUGGUUGAAUUUUCAUUAGAUUCAUUUGAAAUUUAUUAUAACUCUGAAAAUGAUAAUAAUUCACUUGAAUUUACUUUGACGAAUGUUUCAAAUAAUACUUUGCCUAUAACGAUUAUACUUUCAAACCUGGCACCUUUCAGUCUGAAUUACAAAGAAGAAUUUGACAAGGAUUAUAACAUUGAAAGUGGUGAUGAAAUCAAAGUAAAUUUAAACAAAAAUAACAUCAUAUUUUUCCAAUUACAAUUUAAUCCUACAUCGAGAGGUGAGUAUACAUCAACAGCUGUUCUGUUUUUGGACGAACAUAUGGAAACACCAUACAACAACCUCACAUUUUAUGGAAGACAUAAAACACCAGUUAUGACUCCUAGUGUCUACCAGGUGAUAUUCCCUCCAUGUGGUAUUGGAGUCCCAAAGAUUAAAAUAUUAUUUCUCAAGACCGAAGGCAACGUGGAUAUUUCAACAUUUAGUGUUAAUUUUGGCAAUGAAAGAAAUGUAUCGGUUGAAUUUGUGGAAGCUGAGGCAAGUCAAGAUGGCGGUGCAUUUUUUACAAUAGUGCGUGUAAAAAUUUUAGUUUCGUGUGAAACCAUACACUCUGCACUUAUUUAUUUAUGUUUUUAUAAUGAAAAUGGAGCUGAAUGUGAUGUUGAACUUAGUUUCAAUGUAACAAACUGUCCAAUUACCUUACACAACAGCGGUCUUAUAAGUUCAGAACAAACCCCGUAUCCUUUCUAUCCGACUGUUGAACAUAAUGACUUGUACCAGUAUAUGGAAGACUGUGUUGAGUUUCUUGAAGAAUGGUUGUUUCAAGAAGGCUUUAAAAAGGAAUUGUAUCCAGAAAUCCCAAAUACUUUUCAUAUUACUUCAAAUAAUCUAUCAAGUUCUUUAGCAGUUUCAUCAUCGCCGAAAAAUAUAAAGGUCACAUUUAUGAACUUUUUGAGGCGAAUCGUAGGUCCCUUGAUAAAUGAUAUAAAAAAAGAAAAGGUGGCGGCGGCGGCCUCUGCAAACAAGUCGUACAAAGAAGUACUUAAAUUAUACAAUACAUAUCAAGAGAUUACAUCCUUACUGCAGAUCCGGGGUUGCAAGUUAUGGACAUGUCAGGCUAUGUUUCUGCUAAGUUAUGAUCAGUUUGUACUUUACACACAAAAUGUGAAACCUGCAAGCACCAACGAAUCCAUGCUCUAUCAGACUCUAUCACCAGAUGAGGAUCUCUACAAUAGGCUAACUAAACAGUGUUGGCUCGACCUAAUUCUACAAUUUUAUAAAGAAUUUAUAUUUGAAUGUUGUUAUAUUGAUAACACUGGCGUAAGUAAAGAAGAACAUCAGAAAGAAGACAUCAUGGGUAUAAUAAUAAAAUGGUACAACGCUCAGAUUGACGAGCAACAUCAUAACGAACGUAAAAAUGAUAAACGGAAGAAAGUUGUAACGAAUUUAACAGGAGAUCUAUCGGAUUGCAUCGCAAUCACUUCAGCCAUUAUUAACUAUUGUCCCUUCCUAAAAGAUCAUUUUUCUCUAUUUUGUGAAGUAGAUCAGGGGGAUGCUGAUGGUUCCAUAAUUACCAACGCAUGUUUAAUAAUAGAGGCGCUAAACAUUCUUAAAAUUAGUUUUCCACUGAAAUGUACACAUUUUCUAAAGCCUAAUCUACUACGAAUGUUAUUUUUAUCAGUACAUCUAUAUGUUGUGCUUCCCAUGUUCAAACCUAGAGACACUGUUGAAUUUCAUCCUCCUCUAUUAAAAAGCUCGCAGCGGUCGAUAGCAGUUUUUGCAGCACAGCAAGAAAAUUUUAUUUACAACUUUACAAUUGUUAACGAUCCUCACAACAGUUUCGCUGCUGAAAAAGCGGCAGCAGCCGGUAACUCAAAAAAACAGUUUGUUAAAGUAAAAUAUACCGCUAACUUUGUUAAGGAACAAAAAGCUACGUUGCUCGUCCAUGGGUAUAACAAAACACGAUUAUUUGACACCUUUGCUGUAUUUGAACUGAAAGGAGUUGCAGGAACUUUGAGCCCACUAAAGAAAUGUACACUUCAUGGGCAACUUUAUCGACCGAGUAAAGCGAGCCUGACGAUUUCAUCGCCUUUUCAACACAGUGGUCCCUUUAAAAUAUCAAUAAUAAACGAUGAACCAAAAGUACCGGUAAACUUGGAAACUGUUCCUAAACCAAAGUUUCAUGUGCACCGCUUAAAUUUGGUAGAAGAAGAAAUCAAUCUAGCUGGAUCUUCCGGGAAGGGAGGAAAAGAUGCACAUGAAGAGAAAGUAGAAUUUGAAAUAAUGUGUAUGAGUGUGCAGACCGAAUGUGCUUGGAUUUGGUUCACGAGUGAAGUGGGAGAGUUCUUCAUUAGCGUGGCCACGGAGUGCCGGUGGGAUGUGCCGACAGGGUCAUUGCUGGCGCCGGUCCAGCCAGUAGAGCCCUGCCAGGGUGACUCCUGCCACUGCAGCCAGGAGACUGUCAUCAUGCUACCACAUCUAAACGAAAUAUUGACCGAAGCUGUUCGGUAUGCAUUGCAACAAAAUGGUUCAGACACCAUGAUGAAUGUCUUCGACGAUUUAAUAGAAUCAAAUACUGGACGGAUCGUAUUGGGUGAGUUGUUUGAGGAAAGCGGCACUAACAUGCAUGAGGUUGACCACAUCCUGAGAAAGGAGAAGAGGUACCAAGUGUCCGGGACAGGGCUUAGGCCCCAUUCACCGAUCAUCACUCUGAAGCAGCACUCCCUCGACAUCCUGGCCCUGCCCGUGGUAGUCACGACCGACACGGCCACUGAUAAAUAUUCCAUCACUCUCACGUCAGAAUGCGGAUUCGAUAUUCGAACUUAUAAUAUUAUAUUAACCGCUCUAACUCAAGCUGACGAGUAGUAAUCACGAUGUUUCAUUAAUUAAAUUCAUGUUAAUUUUAAUCAUUUAUUUUUAUACCUGUUGUUUCUUAGUUUAUUAUCGUUUUUAUUCUUCUUUUAUUAUUAGAAUAAAGUUGUUAUUUUCAA